AUGGAGACCAACAAACUACAACCUGAGGUAAUUCCUCGGAGUAGCGAAGAUGGCCAAUACUCAGAUACUCAAAAAAUCUUCUCGCGAAUUCGUCAUGAUCCAUGGUUCCAAAUUAUAUUGGUCUCCUUCAUAUCUUUCUGCAACCCGGGCAUGUACAAUGCUCUAACGGGCAUGGGAGGCUCAGGCCAAGUUGACAGCACGGUCUCAGCCAAUGCAAACGUUGCUACGCAUGCUUGCACGGCUGGGGCUGCUCUCUUUGUUGUUGGAACAUUCUACAAAUACAUGGGCCCUCGAAUCUCACUCCUUGUCGGCGGCUGGACCUACGCAUUGUACGCUGGCGCGUUGCUUAAUUCCGAUCGCGUGUCCAACGGGGGCUCAUUCGUGAUAGCGUCCGGCGCUUUGCUGGGUCUGGGAGCUGCAUUCUUUUGGGUCGCUCAGGGUACCAUUAUGGUAACCUAUACGAAUGAGGAGACUCGUGGCAGGGCUAUCGGUAUCUUUUGGGUGAUUUUCAAUCUCGGUGCAACGAUCGGCUCCCUGGCUAGUUUUGGUUUGAAUUACCACUCGAAAUCUGGAACUGUCACCGAUUCAACGUAUAUCGCUUAUAUCGUCAUUAUGCUUUUUGGCUGGGCUUGCUCGAGUCUUGUAUGCUCGACAGAGGAUUUGUCGGAGAAGUAUAAGGGUGUUCGAAUUGCCGAAAAUUCCACGCAUUUCAAUUGGACCACUCUGAGACCGACGAUUUUCCAAACGUUCCGCAUUAUUCUCGACUGGAGGAACAUAUGUCUAUACCCGAUGUUCUUCAACGCCAACGUCUUUUAUUCGUAUCAACAGAAUGAUGUGAAUGGUUUGAAUUUUAAUAUCCGAACGCGUUCCCUCAAUAGUGCUCUGUACUGGGUUGCACAAAUGACCGGCGGCCUUUUGAUGGGCUUUCUGCUUGACUUGCACAAUCUCAAUCGCCGCACGAGAGCCAAAAUGGGAUGGGGAAUAUUAUUUGUGACUGGGAUGGCUAUUUGGGGCGGUGGAUAUAAAUUUCAAGUUUGGGAUGAUCGUCGUCUUGCUGGCGGAUUGAAGCAGGAUAUCGAUUAUAAAGAUGGCAGGAAAUUCCUCGGCCCCAUGUUUCUAUAUUUCUUUUAUGGAGCUUAUGACUCGUUUUGGCAGUCUUUCUGCUAUUGGAUUAUGGGGGCCCAGUCCAACGAUCCGGCGGUGACUGCUGUCAUCGUGGGAGCGUACUCUGCUUUGAAGCCUGCAGGUGGUGCGAUGGCAUGGCGAAUAAACGCCGAAGGUACAAGCCCUAUGGUCCAGUUCGCCAUGAAUUGGGGAUUGAGCAUUGGAAGUUUGUUGGUAGCCAUACCGACGGUGAUAAGCCUCAGCAAAGAGUCCAUCAGUAUACCAGAGCCGGCUCAAGUCGCUAAGGAGGAAGGGGAAAACGAUGUAUAA